CAUUUAAUCGGAUAUAUUUGUGGUCAAAAUGCAGCACCAAAUGGAAAGCCGUAAAAACUUCAACCCUCCGGCAGCUAAUACUGUUAGCUAUGAAAAUGGCCCCAAAAUCUCUUAUGAUUUCUAUUUCAAAAUCUUUGGACUUAUAUCAACGGGACUGGACUUUGGACAGAGAUAUGGACCGAUAAAACAGGACAGGACUUCUGCAAACUUAAAGAGACUCUAUUGUCAACUAAUUUGUGCCAUUUUAUGGUUUUUUGCGAUCCGAUCGUUUGUGUUGAUGUUUAUCGGCGAUCGAGAGAUUCAAUUAAUGUUAGGCGAUAUCUCUGGCUUUUGGAAUGACUACCGAAUGUAUUACUUAAUGCCAACCCUUUAUUACGCUCUUCAGAGUGCUAUCACUGCAACUAUUUUCGUCAGAAAUGAACAGGAAUUGGCUUGGCUCGUGCCGUUUGUCUCAGUCAAACAGCUUCAGAGUAAUAACGCGCGAACCGCUAAAUAUGAUACAAAUAAUCACGAAAAAAGGACAAAGAUUACAAUUGUUAUCAAUAACUUAAUAGUAUUGCUGUCGACAGGUUUGGUGGGCGCUCUCUAUGUGAUGACUGCCUGGGAAAACAUGGAAAUGUCUUCAUUCCAACUGUUUAUACCAUGGAUUGGUAUCCAAACUCUUUGGGUGUUUUACAUGUCUGGCAUUAAUAUGUUUACAAUGACUUACUUCAACCUAAUUUGUCUCAUUUUGAGUAAUCGUUUCAAACAAGUUUGCAAAGACAUUGAGGCAUUGGCUGAAUCAGAUCCGGGACCAGUUGGCAGCAAAAAUAACGCGUUGUCUACUCUUUAUUAUGAACACAAUGAGAUCUGUGAACUGGUGGACGAGUCUAAUAAUUUUUGGCAGUCCUUUAUAUUCUUCAACUACAUGUGUCACAUCCCUUGCAAUUGUUAUGCUCUUUAUAACCUAUUCUUUGCUGAAUUUGAUGAUCUCUUGGCAAUUGUCACGUGGACUGUAUUUCUUCAUACUUUGCUAUUUCUUGGAUUUAUUUCUUUAUCAGCGGCUGAUGUGUCCGCUGAAGCUCACAGUCCAUACACUGCAUUACAUACUCUAUCUCUGCUUCAAUUACCCAUUGAUUUGGAAGUCAAUAUGUCAACAUUUUUGCAUCGAGUGAGAGGACCAACUAUUGGCUAUUCAUGUCUCGAUCUGUUUGUUAUAACAAAUGCAAGCAUUUCUAAUACAAUAGCAGCGGUUGCGUCUUAUUUCUUGAUUGUGGCCGACUUUAGCCGAUCGACAGCUGCGGCCAACGCGGCAGAGAAGAAGAUGGAAGCGGCAAAGGCUGCUCUCAACGCCUCACUGACCACUGGAGCCGCCACUCAAUAA